AGGUUGUUCGUCCGCCAUUUUGCUUGAGCGUUACGAAGACAAAAAAGGCUGCAGUGACGCAAAAAUCGUCGCUUUGUAUAAAAGGAAAGUCCCUCCCCCUCCUGUUCAUUCCUGGAUUUGGUCAAAGGUUUAAAUUCGCUCUCCCGAAGAAUCGCCCAUCGAGGACUUCGACCAGCUACUUAUUGUUUUUUCUUCAAGUAAUGGACAUCUGAUUACCAUUUUUGCCUCCAGUUGUUUCUUGAAGGAAAGGCUAGCCUUUAGCUACCACAGCCACACCUAAUAGAAAAUUUGAAGCAGGGGUUUGUCUUUCAGAAAUGGAGGGGGUACCAGUGGACCCCAAAGAGAUUUUGAAGGGUGUGGAGGUUCUGUUAGGGAAGGAUGGAGGACUCUGCAGCCUGGAGGGAGUCCCAAAGAUGUUCAGCCUAAUGAAAGCGUCAGCAAAGAUGGUCAGUCGCUGUAUGUACCUUAACAUCCUACUUCACACAAAGUCCCAUGAUGUUCUCAAUAGGUUCAUUAGAGUUGGUGGCUACAGGCUGCUGAACUCAUGGCUGACCUACUCAAAAACCACCAACAACAGUCCUCUGCUGCAGCUCAUCCUGCUCACUUUGCAAAAGUUGCCUCUCAAAGUGGACCACCUCAAGCAGAACAAUACAGCAAAGUUGGUCAAGCAACUGAGUAAAAGUGCAGAGACUGAAGAAUUAAGAAAGUUAGCAUCUGUGCUUGUUGAUGGAUGGAUGGCAACAAUUCGCUCCCAAAGUGUAUCAAGCAGUACCAACAGUCCCGCCGAUAAGAAGAAGAAGAAGGAAGAUGGCAAGGUCCCGCUCCGUGAUGUGAAGGACAAGAGUGGAGAUGAGGAGAAGAAGAAAGACAAGGCGAAAGCUCACGCGCCCAGCCAUGCAAAGAUCCGCUCCAUAGGUCUAGAAAUGGACGCUCCUAGCCCCGCUCCCACUAAGAAGACCCCAGUGGCGCCACAGCUGGGUGACAAGUAUAACAUCAAGCCUCCACUAAUAAAGAGACCAAGUUCUGGUCCGUUUGAUACUCCUCCGCUGGAGAAGAAAUACAAACCUUUAAAUACACCUUCAAACGCAGCCAAAGAAAUCAAAGUCAAGAUCAUUCCUGCACAACCAAUGGAGUGCACAGGGUUCCUAGACGCACUUAACUCGGCCCCUGUGCCUGGUAUCAAGAUCAAGAAGAAGAAAGCUGCCGCUGGUUCACCUUCUAAUACCAAGGCCGUGUCCCCAACCUCAAACAAGACAAGUCCAUUUGACAGCAAACCAUCUGCAUAUUCCUCAUCUUCUGCCAAACCGUCAUCUCCGGAGACCACUUCUUCAAGUAAUCCUGACGAAAACCAGGAGCCUGAGCGGCCUGGCACCCCUGUUCCUAAUGAAGACCCAGAUUCAAUGGACACUGGAGAUAAACCCAAUGCGCUAUCAGAGCCUCGUGGUGAAGAGGACCUGACCAAGAAGGGCAAAAAGAAGAAGACAGUUCACUGGGCUCAUGAGGAUCAACUCAAACAUUACUUCUAUUUCGACCUGGAUGAGACAGAGAGAGUCAACGUUAACAAGAUCAAGGACUUUGGGGAGGCCGCCAAACGGGAGUUGAUGAUGGACAGGCAGACAUUUGAGAUGGCACGUCGGCUCUCUCAUGACACAAUGGAGGAGAGGGUCCCCUGGACACCCCCAAGGCCCUUGACACUACCUGGCAGCUUAGUCAACCCUGGGUCCAACAGCACGGAAAAACUCACCCAGCGGGACCGUGAGAUGGGCAUCUUGCAGGAGAUCUUCCUCAGUAAAGACAGUGUGCCUGACAGUCCACAUGAACCAGACCCAGAGCCUUAUGAACCAAUGCCUCCUCGUCUCAUACCUCUGGAUGAGGACUCUUCCAUGCUGGACGACGGCUAUGUUGAGCCCAUGGACACCACGUCACAGCAGGUUCCCGCCAUGGUCCAAAACGAGGGCUCCAAGCUGCCGCCCGUCCUUGCCAACCUGAUGGGCAACCUCAACAACAACUCGCGUAGCCCACAGACCACAAACACUGUCAACAAUCCUAUCGCACCAGCUGUCAACGUACAGGAGCUGCUGACGUCUAUCAUGGGUGCUUCUGGUAACCAGUCUACUGAAGACCUCAUCAAGCAGCCUGACUUCUCAGAUAAGAUUAAACAACUUCUGGGAUCACUGCAGCAGCAGAACCAGACCCAGGGCCCACCCCCAGUCAACCAGGCUUUGCUGGGUCACGGUCCAGGGAUGAACAACAUGCACAUGCAGAUGCCCAUGAACGGCGGCUACCCACCCAACAUGCCCCCGGGCGGUCCCCGCUUCAGCCACCCUCCGCCCCCGCACAAUCACGGACCGCCGUUCAACGCCGGAGGAGGCCCGCGCAUGAUGGGGCCGCCGCCGGGACAGGGCCGCGGAGACAAUGGCAAUUACUGGGGAGACGAUUCCAUGAGAGGAGGGCCCCACCGAGGUGGUCUUUUCCGAGGAGGAGGAAGGGGUCGUGGUGGAGAGCCCGGUUUCCGGGGCCGAGGGCGUGGGGGUCCCAGAGGAGGACACGGCAAUAUGAAUGAUAUGUCCAAUCGGCCGGUGUGUCGCCACUUCAUGAUGAAAGGAAACUGCAGGUACGAGAGCAAAUGUGCGUUUUACCACCCUGGUGUAAACGGGCCACCUUUGCCCCCGAACCACCAUGCAAACAACCAGCACGGACACUAAAGUACUGCCAACCAGCUGACAGAACUGUGAACUCUCUACACUUCCGUUUCCUCAAACCACUGCACAGUCAAGGACUCUAACUCUGUGAGUGGAUCACCAAUGGGACUGUGGUGUUUUUUUUUUAUGAUUAUUUAUAAUGUGGCAUAUAGUAUACUGUAUAUAAGAGUUAGACUGAAACCUUCACAAGCUUUACCACUAUGUCUGCCUGCCACUGUCCAUGUCAGGAGCAUGCUUCGUAAUGGAACUCUUUUCCAACAGAAAGCCUUCCGCAUAAUUCUCUUUUCAGUCGCCAAUCCUCAGAAUUCUUCAGCAGCACUUUGAAAAAGAACAGGCCAAUAAAUUCCAACCACAUGCAUGUUUUGACACUGUUUUGACACGUAUGUCUCGAAGAUCAAAAGGAGGCCGACCGGAGGAAGCCUUGUUUUCCUUCCCUUUGCUGCUAAAUCAGUGUGCAGACCCCAUCUGUGCUACUUGCAAAAGCUCUGCCUCCGCUCUUGAAGUAUACAUCAAGACAAAACGUGAGUGCCGCCGCUCAGACCGAAUGAUCUCAAUCAUCGGGACCUCCUUCGCCCCAGCCCCCCCAAAGGGUUUGAACGUCAGUAUUAUGAUGACGCAUUCUGUAGGUUGGCAAUAAGAGUGUUUUCUGUGAAAACAAUGUCCUUUGCGUCUCUUGUGGGACUUUUUUUUUCCACCGCCCUCCAUCUUUUAUUUUGAUACUAUGUUGAGAACAGUGACCCCUUUUUAACACGGGUCCAGUAUGAAAUGUUUGUACUGUAUGCUUGUAUAACAGACAUGUUCAUGCGCUCAUUUUCAGUUGAAUUCUUUUCUACACUGUAUUAAAUGGAUGUUAAAAUAUGAUUGUUUUAUCAUUUAUUUGAAU